AUGCUCAUCUACAACGAUAUUCUCACCGGUGAUGAGAUCAUCUCCGACUCGUACGACCUCAAGGAGGUCGAUGGCGUCAUGUACGAGGCCGACUGUGCCAUGAUCACCGAGGAGGCCGUCAGCGUUGACACCGGUGCCAACGCCUCCGCCGAGGAUGGUGAGGAGGCCAUGGAGGACCAGGCCAUCAAGGUCAACAACAUCGUCCACUCCUUCCGUCUCCAAAGCACCCAGUUCGACAAGAAGGGCUACCUGGCCUACCUCAAGGGCUACAUGAAGGCCGUCAAGGCUGCUCUCCAGGAGAGCGGUGCGUCGGCCGACACCAUCACGGCCUUUGAGAAGGGUGCCCAGACCUACGUCAAGGAGAAGCUUCUGCCCAACUUCAAGGACCUCGAGUUCUACACGGGCGAGUCCAUGAACCCCGACGGCCUCGUCGUUCUCCUCAACUACCGCGAGGACGGUGUCACCCCCUACGUCAUCGUCUGGAAGCACGGUCUCAAGGAGGUCAAGGUCUAA